AAUGUCCUCCAACUUCGAAAAUCAAACACGGUCACCGGAAUACACCACCACCGACGAUGACGACGACGACUACAAAUACGAGUAUCAAAUUCGGCCAUCAUUAGAAUACACCACCGACGAUGACGACAAUUUAUGCUUCACCGAAAACAAAUCAGCCACAUAUAAAUCCUCAAAAAACCCAUGUCUAGAUUUCUUUUUCCACGUCGUCCCUACCACGCCGUCAGAAGGCGUGAUCAGUCGUGCUGAGUCAGCAUGGGCUCAUGAUCCACUCACCACACUCAAACUAAUCUGUAAUCUCCGCAGUGUUCGCGGAUCUGGUAAGUCUGAUAAAGAACGGUUUUAUAUGGCAGCACUUUGGCUACAUAAAAACCAUCCGAAAACAUUAGCGGAUAAUGUUCCGAAUAUUGUUAGUUUUGGCUACUUUAAGGACUUGCCAGAGAUUUUGUAUAGACUUGUUAUGUGUCCAGAAGUACGAGAAAACGAAAAACGUGAUUGGCUGGCUAAGAAAACGGCGAAAGGGAAAGGUGCGGCGAGAAAGAUGUAUUUUCUCGAAAAAAAGAAUGAAAGGAAAAGAGAAAAGAAGAGAGAAAAAAAGAACGAAAAGAAUAGGAGAAAAAGCGUGUCGAGAGAGGAAAGGGUCAAGGCGAAUGCUGCAAGAAUGGAGGAAGAGAAACAAAAGGCGAAAGCGUUGAGGAGAGAAAAGGAAACCGCCAAGGUUAAAAAGGCGAACGAUAUGUAUAAUUCUGAUAUGAAUUACAAGUAUUUGUAUGAUCAGGUGUGUUUGUAUUUUGCUGUUUGUUUGAAAUCGGAUAUUGAUAUGUUGAAUAGGGGAGAUACCAAAAAAAUUAGUCUAGCGGCCAAGUGGUGUCCUAGUGUGGAUUCGUCCUACGAUAAGGCGUUAUUGAUGUGUGAAUCGAUCGGUAAGAUACUUUACCCUAGGGAUAGUGGUGAUAUGGAGCUUGACGGGCUUGAUGAUGUUGGUUAUGUAAUGAGGGUUAAGAAUCGGUUGAGGAAAGAAGUGCUCGUGCCAUUACGUCGUGCUUUGAUGUUGCCCGAAGUUUAUAUGAGUGCCAAGGAAUGGAGUUUGAUUUGUUACGAGAGAGUUGCUUCCGUUGCUAUGAAGAAUUAUACGGAUAUAUUCUUGCAUAGAGAUAAUAAGAGGUUUCGCGAGUAUUUGGAGAAUGUCAAGUCUGGUGAUGCCAAGAUUGCUGCAGGGGCGUUGUUGCCUCACGAGAUUAUUGCUUCGUUGAACCGUGGGAGUUCUGGGGUGGGUAAUGUCGCCGAGCUUCAAUGGGCACGAAUGGUUAAUGAUUUGUUGAACAAGGGGAAGUUGACAAACUGUAUUGCGGUUUGUGAUGUUUCUGGUAGUAUGUCUGGGACGCCGAUGGAAGUAGCUGUGGCGCUUGGAUUGUUGGUUUCAGAACUCAGUGCAGAGCCGUGGAAGGGUCAUGUGAUUACGUUUAGCGAGUCACCGGAAUUGCAUUUGAUUCAAGGCCGUGAUCUUAAAUCAAAGACACAGUUUAUACGAAAUAUGCAUUGGGGUUGUAACACGAAUUUUCAAAAGGUUUUCGAUAGGAUGUUGGAGGUGGCUGUGAAUGGGAAGCUGAGUGAAGAUGAGAUGGUGAAAAGGGUGUUUGUUUUUAGUGAUAUGGAGUUUGAUGAGGCUUCUAGCAAUCUAUGGGAGACUGAUUAUAAAGUGAUCCAGAGGAAGUUUAAGAGUCAUGGGUAUGAGAAAGUGCCUGAAAUUGUGUUUUGGAAUCUUAGAGACUCGCGUUCUACUCCAGUGACUGCCGAUCAGGAAGGGGUGGCUCUGCUUAGCGGGUUCUCAAAGAACUUAUUGACUCUGUUUCUUGAAGAAGGCGGGGUGAUCAAACCCGAGGAUCUACCUGUGAAGACUGAAUUAAAUCCGGAAAGUAUCAUGGAGGCUGCUAUAUCUGGAGAUUUGUAUCAGAAAUUGGUUGUAUGUGAUUGACGGACAGAUAAUUUUUUGACUUUAUGUAAAGACUACUCUCAUUAGCAACUUGUAGCGGUGAGCACUUUGAGUAAUAAAAUUAGUCUGUUUCACAUUAAGAUU